AACGAGAAGUUAUUCCAAAUAGAAUGGAUUUUAUAGCUAUUAAAAUAUUUUACAAUUGAAAACAAGAAACCUAUCUUGGAAGUACUUGCAUUACUGCCUGCUGCAUAAGCAUUGAUUUCGUACUUUACAUGUUGAAAAUGUGUCUUCUCUUCAAUUACAGACAAAAUACGAACUUUUUGGGUCUGGUUAACUGAGAUCGCAGUAUUCCUAAUAAUGUUGUUUCUAAGCGGUAUGCAGCACUACUUCGAAAUUCACUAGCGUUUUGUGUUUGUAUCUGUGCUGUGAUUGUUUUUGCUUUGAUCCACAUAUACCCGGACCCUCAAAUUAAAAAGAAAAAAUGUUCUCCAUGCAACAUAACAGUGGUAACAACACUGAAGGAUAUGAUUUUAACAAAAGUGAGAAUUCCGUUCGAUGGCGAGGACUAUUUACACCGUCGCUGAAAAAAGUUUUGGAUCAAGUGCACCCACGAUUAACAGCCAAAGAAGAAGCCUUAUUGUACGUAGAAACUUUAUGUUUACGUAUUCUGGCUAUGCUAUGUGCCAAACCUCUUCCACAUACUGUGCAGGAUGUUGAAGAAAAAGUACGCAAAUAUUUUCCAUCACCCAUUGAUCGUUGGGCACUUAAUGAAGCUAAGGAAACAGUGAUAUCAAAAAAGCGGAAGUCCGUUUUGCCAACAGAUCGCGUGCAUACUUUGCUGCAGAAGGAUGUUCUUCAAUAUAAAAUCGAUAAUUCAGUAUCAAUAUUUUUAGUUGCCGUAUUGGAAUACAUUUCAGCGGACAUAUUGAAGUUAGCCGGCAAUUAUGUGCGUAAAAUUAAGCAUUGCGAAAUAUCGAAGGAAGAUAUCGAGGUGGCCAUGUGUGCCGAUAAAGUGUUGAUGGAUAUGUUUUACCAAAGUGACAAUAAGACCAAUGUAAUGCCUAGCCCUUUACCUAAGUUGCCAGUGCAGCGCACCAGCACAACUUACGAAGAAGUUGUUAAAGAUUUAAUUAACGAUGAAAAACAAUAUCAACGAGAUUUACAUAUGAUCAUACGCGUGUUUCGCGAGGAACUCGCUAAAAUUGUGCGAAAUCCAAAAGAACUAGACCCGAUAUUCUCGAAUAUAAUGGACAUUUAUGAGGUAACGGUUACAUUGCUGGGAUCUUUAGAAGACGUUAUUGAAAUGUCGCAGGAGCAAAGUGCGCCCUGCGUAGGUAGCUGUUUUGAAGAAUUGGCGGAAGCCGAAGAGUUUGAUGUGUACACAAAAUAUGCCCAAGAGGUAACAUCGCAGACGAGCAGAGAUGCUUUAUCAGCACUACUGGCUAGACCUGAUGCUAUGUCGUUAAUAGCAGCUGGUCAUGGGUUUCGCGAAGCUGUUAAAUAUUAUUUGCCCAAGUUAUUAUUGGUGCCAAUUUUCCAUGCUUUCAUAUACUUUGAUUAUAUUAAAAUACUAAUGAAGUACAGCCCGUCACAAGAUGAUAUAGAAAGUUUCGAGCAAGUUCAAGGAUUGCUUAGGCCUUUACGUUGUGAUCUUGAAAAUAUUAUGGCGAAUUUGCCGAAGGAAUCUUGCGUUUCCAUAAGCAGUAGAGCUCGUCGUCAAUUGGCUAUUGAGCGUACCAGGGAAUUACAGAACUCAGUGGAACAUUGGGAUAAAGAUGUUGGUCAGAACUGUAAUGAAUUUAUAAGAGAGGAUGUAUUGGGAAAACUUGGUUCAGGCAAACGUGUUGCUGAACGAAAAGUUUAUCUUUUUGACGGUUUAAUGUUGCUUUGUAAGCCAAAUACGAAAAGGCAACCAGCUUCGAUUAAUGCUCCCGUCUACGAAUAUAGGCUCAAAGAGAAAUUUUUUAUGCGACGUGUAGAGAUAAAUGAUCGACCAGAUACUGAUGAGCUUAAGAAUUCAUUUGAAAUUGCACCUCGCGUUCAACCUCCUAUUACACUAACGGCUAAAAAUUCUCAACAUAAAAACGAUUGGAUGGCUGAUCUCAUUAUGGUAAAUACGAAAUCUAUGCUCGAUCGCAUUUUGGACAGUAUUCUAUUGGAUAUUGAAAAAAAACAUCCCUUGCGUAUGCCAAGUCCCGAUAUUUACAAAUUUUCUGAAGCCGAUAGCCCGGAAAAUAUUGUUUUGGAGGAAAGAGAAAGUGCAGGAGUACCCUUAAUUAAGGGCGCUACACUAUGUAAAUUAAUAGAAAGGCUAACUUACCACAUAUAUGCCGAUCCGAUGUUUGUACGCACAUUCCUGACGACAUAUCGUUAUUUUUGUUCGCCCCAGAACCUGCUAUCGUUACUAAUUGAACGUUUUAAUAUACCGGAUCCUAGUUUGGUGUAUCAAGAGAAUCAACAAGCGAAUGAAAAAGAUCCUAUGAGUUGCGACACAGAUAAGAUGCACAAAAACAUACAACGAGAGGACUGGAAACGUUAUCGUAAGGAGUACGUGCAACCAGUACAAUUUCGAGUACUGAAUGUGCUGCGUCACUGGGUAGAUCAUCAUUUUUAUGAUUUUGAAAAAGAUUCAACUUUGUUGGAGAAAUUGUUACAAUUUUUAGAAAGCGUCAAUGGCAAAUCUAUGCGUAAAUGGGUGGACUCCGUAUUAAAAAUUGUUCAAAGAAAGAGCGAGCAAGAGAAAAGUCACAAACAAAUCACAUUUGCUUAUGGUCAUAGUCCACCACCCAUUGAACAUCAUUUAAAUGUUCCGGACUCCGAAAUUAACUUGCUCACCUUACAUCCAUUAGAAUUAGCGAGACAGUUGACACUGCUGGAAUUUGAACUGUACAAAAACGUCAAACCUUCCGAACUGGUGGGCUCACCCUGGACUAAAAAAGACAAAGAGUUGAAGAGUCCGAAUUUGCUCAAGAUUAUGAAACACACAACUAAUGUAACGCGAUGGAUUGAAAAGUCGAUCAUUGAGGCCGAUAAUUACGAGGAACGUGUUGCAAUGGUGACACGCGCCAUAGAAGUAAUGAUGGUUAUGUUAGAACUCAACAAUUUCAAUGGAAUUCUUUCCAUAAGUGCUGCGAUGAGUAGCGCAUCGGUUUAUAGAUUAAAGCUUACCUUCCAGGGUCUGCCUGCUAGAUAUGAGAAAUUUCUGGAGGAAUGUCGAGAGCUAAAUGAUGGACAUUUGCAGAAAUAUCAAAAACGAUUGCGCUCCAUUAAUCCUCCGUGUGUGCCCUUUUUUGGACGUUAUCUCACAAAUAUUUUGCACUUAGAAGAAGGAAACCCCGAUUUUCUUCCCAAUACCCAACUUAUUAACUUUUCUAAGCGGCGGAAAGUAUCUGAAAUAAUCGGUGAGAUACAACAGUAUCAAAAUCAACCCUACUGUUUGAUGGUGGAUGCCAAAAUAAGAAAUUUUUUGGAAAAUCUAGAUCCGUUUAAGGGCAUGUCUGAUACGGAUAUAUCAAACUUUUUAUACCACGAAAGCCUGCGCAUAGAACCGCGAGGUUGCAAGCAACCGCCAAAAUUCCCGCGAAAAUGGAAUUCGAUAAUGUUGAAAUCACCGGGUAUUAAACCUCGCCGUCAAAACAAUAAUAGUAACACAAGUCAAGUUGCAAAUAACGGAAUAUCUGCUGUAAGCACUAGUAGCAACAUUGUGAAUGUUGUGCAAUCAUUCGGUGCGCGAUCGCAUUUAUUCACGCCGACGACCGAAGCUAGUUGUGAACAGAGUUCACCCAGCGGCGGAAAUAAUGCGUCCUCUUGUAGUCAAAGUACGAACCCUCAAGCCUUUUCAGUGUUUGCAAAUGUCAAUAUACCCGAUCGUAACGGUCUGAAGUGGUCAGGCAACAGUCACACUCAACAAACAACAGCAAAUGUCCAAAAUUGUUCCACAAUAGCAACGGCAACAAUGGUUCAGCAAGACGUUAGCGUUGUCGAAGAGGAAGCGCCGAUUUUACCGAAAAAACCGAAUUCUGCUACAAGUUGCCAAACUUUCAAUCUACCGUUUAAUGAUAAUGUAUCGACUGCACGCUUGGACUCAAGUUGGAAUUUGACUGACAAUUUAAACCCAGGACAAUCCCAACAAGCAACAACAAAUAUUUACAAUAAUCAAGAUGGCAGCGAUAAUGAACCACUGCCAUCGCCACGGCCCAGACUGAUUGUUAGUCCACGAGACGACAUUAAUUCUAAUAGCAAUCGAUCUCUUUUGCAAUGUACAACCUCGUCAAAUAAGUCGAAUAGCUGCUCUGCAACCCAUUUUAGUCCUAAUGAAAAUGUGUUCACGGGCACAUCCAGUCCUCAGUUUGGAGUUGAAGUGCAUUUCAAUAAUUCAACAGUACCUGUUUCGCCUCAUGUAAAUGUUCCGGUUACAGCCAGUGUAGAACUGCGCACAAUUCCACCACCAUUGCCGCCACGUAAAAAAGAACGAAAUGAAAAUUGCGCCGAUGUGGCACAAAAACGCCAAGCGCCGGAUGCACCUACGCUGCCGCCAAGAGAUGGUGAAUUAAGCCCACCUCCUAUUCCUCCUAGGACUAAUCAACACCAUCUUCUACACCAACAUCAGAUAACAAUUUGUAAUGAUCGUGGCCAAAUGAAUGAAUUCAUGGGCGCUAGCAGUUUAAUGCUACCAAAUACAAGCAGUAUUAUGAUUAGGCGAAAUUCAGCUAUCGAAAAGCGUGCGGCAAAUGUUAACGAAGCUUCAGCAAUAUCUUCAAAAGUUCAGCAUCAUUAUUUAUCCGCAACAACGCCUCAGCUUUGUCAUUUGAAUAUGGGCACGAAUGUUUGUUAUGCUAGUGAAACAAUAUCUCCAUCUUUAAGCUCAUCAACAACCACUUCCCCAAUGACCCCCAUGACCCCAAUAUCGCCGCACAUUCCUUCUAAUUACCAUAAAUGUGAUAUUGGACAACUUAGCACUCCAUUAAUAAAUAGCAACACAAGUUCCAAUUCACUCAUUUGUUCUUCAAAUACGUCUGCACAAUAUCAGCCUACUCAUUAUCCAUCCCCGCAAUAUCAAUCUCACCAGCAACAUACGUUUGCUCAUUCGUCUCCCAAGGAAUUUUUUCCAAACGUCGAAACAUUACCUAAGCUCCCACCAAAACCAAUCAAUUCAAGCGGUAGCGGUAGCGUGUGUAACAAUCUAGAAAAAGGUACAAUGUUUUCUUACCCAAGUACAAACCAAGAAUAAUAUUUAUUACCUAGCGAUGUGAUAUGGAUGAAA